GAUAGAAGCCUUUCAAACCUGCCAACUUCAGACCAAAGGCAACCUAACUAAGAAGAACAACGGUUGUGCGAACCUCAAAGUCAAAGGAAUCUCAAAGAAGAAGAAAAUGAAGCUGAAAAAUUUAUUAAAGAAGCUCGGCACAAUCCUACGAGCCAUUUUUACCUUCCUUUUUGCUUUGGCGGUUCUGGGAGUCAUGGUAUGGGCCUAUGUGGCAGGCUUCCAGCUGGCUACAUCCAAGUAUGGGAUCAUUUCUUUUGGUUUUUAUGGAGUCCUGCUCUCUCUUCAUGUUCUGGUCCAAAGUCUGUUCGCCUUUGUUGAGCAUCGGCGGAUGAAAAGUCGCACAAAACCAUACAGCUUCACUAAAGAGAUUGGAUUUACUAUCUCUGCUUACCAGGAAGAUCCCAAUUACCUCAGAGAGUGCCUCAACUCUGUCAGGGCCUUGAAGUAUCCCCCGGAGUUGAUGCGUAUCAUUAUGGUGAUAGAUGGCAACUCGGACGAUGACCGGUACAUGAUGGACAUGUUCAGGGAGGUUUUCUCAGACCAGGAUCCAGGUUUUUUUGUUUGGAAGAACAACUAUCAUUCAUGGGAUCCCACAAAAGCUGAGCAGGAUGAAGAAAGUGGGUCAGGAAAUGGUGCUAACUAUGUAAUCGGUGAGGAUCCUCAGAGAAAGGAAGUGGAGCACCUGAUCCAGACCAAAAGGUGUGUGUGCAUCAUGCAAAAGUGGGGUGGCAAGCGAGAGGUGAUGUACACCGCAUUUAAGGCACUUGGAUCAUCAGUUGACUACAUCCAGGUGUGUGAUUCUGAUACCAAGCUUGACCCGUUGGCCACUGUAGAGCUGUGCAAGGUGUUGGAGAGCAACCCACGUUAUGGUGCUGUUGGAGGAGACGUGAUGAUCCUUAACUUGAAAGACUCUUAUAUAAGCUUUAUGAGCAGCCUCAGGUACUGGAUGGCUUUCAACAUUGAACGGGCCUGCCAGUCCUUUUUCAACUGUGUCUCCUGUAUUAGUGGUCCUCUGGGUUUGUACAGGAAUGACCUUCUCCAGCAGUUUCUUGAAUCCUGGUACAAUCAGAAGUUCCUGGGAAGUCAUUGCACAUUUGGUGACGACAGGCAUCUCACCAACCGUAUUCUGAGCAUGGGCUAUGCCACAAAGUACACGGCACGCUCAAAGUGCUACACAGAAACACCUGCACAGUUUCUUCGCUGGCUCAACCAGCAAACUAGAUGGACCAAAUCCUACUUCCGUGAGUGGCUCUACAACGCCAUGUGGUGGCACAAGCAUAACCUCUGGAUGACCUAUGAGUCCAUUGUCUCAGGCAUUUUCCCUUUCUUUGUCACGGCCACCAUCAUCCAAUUGUUCUGGACUGGCUCACUGUGGGACAUCCUUUGGGUUCUCUGUUGUAUUCAGCUCAUUGGGCUGGUGAAAGCAGCAUACGCCUGCCUUCUUCGCAGAAAUGCUGUGAUGGUCUUCAUGUCGCUCUACUCAUCCUUGUACAUGACCAGUUUGCUGCCUGCAAAGUACUUUGCCAUUCUCACAAUUAACAAAAGAAGCUGGGGGACAUCAGGAAGACGGAAGAUUGUUGGUAACUACGUCCCUCUGCUUCCACUGUCAGUGUGGGCCGCUGUCCUGUUAAGUGGUUUUGGAUACACGAUUUACAGGGAAAGUCAACAAGACUGGUCAAUGCCUGCCAAGAUAACGGAGACUAAGUUUCUUGUUUUUGGAUCAGUGGCUUACUUAUGUUACUGGCUGUUUAUGAUAUGUCUCUACUGGGCUUGGUUCCACAGGUUAUGCAGGAAACGUAGCCAAAGCUACUCUCUUAAUGUGUAGAUCUAAAGACAUAAUUCAACAGAUAUAAAUUAAUUUAUUGUAUUUAUUUUUACAGUGCAAACUUAAUAGGGAAAACAAGGACAUCUCCUUUUUUUCAAAUGUUUGGAAUAAAAUACAAAUAAUGUACUUAUACUGAGAUGCUUUAAUGCAUUUAAAUGCAUCUAAACUGAAGUUUGUGGGUUUAUGCAAUACUCAAUCUGUCUUGAAUAGGUGACGACAAAACAGACUGUCUGUUAUAAGAUUUUUGUUCGUAAUAUUUAAAUCAGGGGAGAAGUGAUUAUUUGUAGAAAGACUUAAUUUAAUUAUUUAACUACUGUCCAUGAAUUAUAGCUGUGUACAAAUUGGGAAGAAUUAAGACGUCUUUUUUUUCAUUGCACUGAAUGUUGUACUGCAUCUUUGUAUUUUUGCACAUUUACUUGAAACUUAUUUAUUACACUGUGAAUAUCCAAGCAGAAGAAGCCUGUUACAAAUGCACUUUUGUCAUAGAAUUUCAUGAAUUGAUGUAAUUAUUUGUGACAUUGUUCUCAUGGCUGUUCUUGGCUGUAAAUAUUUUGUA